AAUUGAUUACGAAUUGCUAUAAAUACGCAGUGGUCGUUUUCAUAUACACAUUAUUGUGUGGAUACAUCAAUAAAGUAAAAUGGCGGUCAAAACCAUUGUCCUCUGCGCUCAGGUCCUUCUCGUUCAGUCGGUGCUUGGAAACCCAACUCUCAACAGAAAACUGCCGUCAGCCAUUUCUGGCGUAAGCGGUACUAAGGUGGUCGAAAGCACCGUCGCUGUUAGUAACAAUGCAAUUGGCGGUAGAGGCUUGGCCAGUAAUGGUCUAAUUGGUACUGGACUCGGCUUGACUAACGCUGGGUUGAUCGGCUCUGGAGUCGGUUUGGCCAACACUGGAAUUGUAGGCACUGGUUUGGCUGGCGUCGGAUUGGCCAACCCUGCCUUAAUCGGUAAUGCCAUACUGCCUGCUCCCGCCCCUGGAUUCCUCGACUUUGCCACAAUCACCGCCAGAGACAAUCUACCCAUCUUCAGCUUCUCUCCUCUCGCUCCAACUGGUCUCACUGUUGUGUCGGAGAACAUCAUCGAAGGACCUAUGGCAGUCGCUGGACAGCUGCCUUUCCUAAGCGCUGUAGCGUUCGAAGGUGCUCUGCCGACUGAAGGCGCGGGCGCUGCUGGCUGCGGCUGCGGCAAUGGUAACAUUGGCAUCAUCAGCGAGAGCUAUGAACCUCUCAUUCCCCCUGCUCUGGGUGGACUCGGUUACGGUCCAGGACUUGGGCUUGGAGCCGGCUAUGGUUAUGGACCCGGACGCCUAGCUCUGUAAACUUUUUCACUGCAAUUUGAACGUUGCCUAAAUAAAAUCUAUUCUGCAAGCAAUAA